AUGUCACCAGUCACCAUCACCAUCAAUCCAUCACCAUCACCAUCACCAGCACCAGCACCAUCACCAUCACCAUCACCAUCACCAUCACCAUCACCAUCACCAUCACCAUCACCAUCACCAUCACCAUCACCAUCAUCACCAUCACCAUCACCAUCAGCCAGUUCACCAUCACCAUCACCAUCACCAUCACCAUCACCAUCACCAUCACCAUCACCAUCACCAUCACCAUCUCCAUCACCAUCACCAUCACCAUCACCAUCACCAUCACCAUCACCAUCACCAUCACCA